AUGCCCACCAAAACCCCCGUCCCGGGCGACUUCCCGUCCCAACUCACGGUGACCGUCUCGCCCGCAGCCUCGCCCACCCCAAAUAUCCUCCUCCUCCUACAUGGCCUCGGCGAUUCGGCUGCGGCCUUUGCAAAAUUCGGCCAAGCGAUAAAUCUACCAGAGACCACCGUCGUCACGGUCCAAGGCACAGCCCCACUCCCCUUUGACCUGGGGGGCUUCCACUGGGGCGAUGAUAUCUCCUUCGAUUCCGCGACCGGCGCAAUAGACAUGGAUGCCGGUCUCGCCCGUGCCACCAAAACAUUGGUAACAGAUGUGAUACGGGACACUCUAAUCCGCAAGUGCGGAUACGCGCUACGGGAGAUCAUGAUCCUAGGCUUCGGCCAAGGAGGCAUGGCCGGGCUAGCGGUGGCCCGAGAGCUGGGACAGAAAUCCGAAGGUCAUGAAGCUGGUCCUCUCUCCGGAGUCAUUUCCAUCGGGGCCCCAUAUUCCCUGUCUGGGUCUCGAGUCGGGGAGAAGAACCGAUCACCUAUGCUGCUGGUUGCCGGACGAGACUCAGUCGCGGUCUCUGAUGAGGCUGUCCGUCGGACCAAACAGGUCUUUGAGUUUGUGGAGGUGAGCCGGUAUGCGAGGAAGGGUGAUGGGAUGCCGUCUAACAGGGACGAGAUGAUGCCUGUCAUGCAAUUCUUCGCACGUAGAUUGCGGAGUAGACAAGGUGUUCCUGAAGGGAGUGUUGAAAUCGGGUGA